AUUUAUCUAGCAACCCAGUUACUAUGAGAGAUCGUGUCAGACGGGUUGCUUUACACGACCGAUUCUUUCCGUAAAGUAAUUGAUUUCUUUUUAAUUAAAUUAGAGAGAAUACUGAAUAGUGGUGAUACCGCGAAGUGCGAAGUGAGCCAUGAGAAUCGUUACUGUGCACAUAAAAGAAUUGAAUAGUACUUGAAUACAAAGUGAUGUAAAAGUGAAACAAAAAUGGCUUCGGGCGAUUCAGAUCACAUAGAAGUGAUGGAAAGUUCUGUUUUGAAAAAGUCUGAGAACGCUACGGAGCAGUCAGUCGCCGAGGACGAUGAUCGCGACAGGAGUUCGAUCGCCGAAAAAAAUGUACCUUACGACCCAGCCGUCGGCCCAAUGGGCGCGAUCAGCAAAGUUCACAAGUCGGACCGGAAGAUCGGACACCGGCGCGUCGGCGAGGGCGGAGAGAUCACAUACAAGAAGAUACAGUCCUCGCAGAUCAUGGGAUCGAUACAGCUAGGCAUCCAGCACGCUAUAGGAGGCCUAGCGUCGAAGCCCGAACGCGAUCUACUCAUGCAGGACUUCAUGACCGUCGAGACGACGAAUUUCCCCCACGAGGGAUCGAACCACACGCCCGCCCAUCACUAUUCCGAGUUCAAAUUCAAAACGUACGCGCCGAUCGCGUUCCGUUACUUCAGAGAUUUGUUUGGGAUACAGCCGGACGAUUUUUUGAUGUCAAUGUGCAGCGCACCACUCCGCGAGCUCAGCAACCCUGGCGCUUCAGGCAGCAUCUUCUAUCUGACGAACGACGAUGAGUUCAUCAUAAAGACGGUACAGCACAAGGAGGGGGAGUUUCUGCAGAAACUACUGCCUGGAUACUACUUGAACCUCGAUCAGAACCCCCGCACGUUAUUACCAAAGUUCUUCGGCCUCUAUUGCUAUCAGUGUAACAGCAAAAACGUGCGUCUGGUCGCCAUGAACAAUCUGUUGCCUUCGUCGAUCAAAAUGCACCAGAAAUACGACCUCAAAGGGUCCACGUACAAACGUAAGGCAAGCAAAACAGAACGACAGAAAACCUCACCGACCUACAAGGAUCUCGACUUCAUGGAGCAUCACAACGAGGGGAUAUUUCUGGAAGCGGACACGUACACGGCUUUGAUAAAAACGAUGCAGCGUGAUUGUCGUGUAUUGGAGAGCUUCAAGAUCAUGGACUACUCCCUCCUGGUCGGCAUACAUAACUUAGAUGACGCCCAGCGCGAGAAGAACGAAGCCAGGAAACUGACGGAAUCCGGUCAGAGCGAUGGUGAGGAUAACGAAGGGGAGACCAAGAGAACUGGACUCAAUCGAACGAGAUCCGAAGCCAGGGAGGAUUUCGGGAUCCAAGUUAAAAGGACACAAUCGAUAAACCGACAGCGUCUGGUCGCGCACUCGACAGCCAUGGAGAGCAUACAGGCGGAAAGCGAGCCCAUAGAUGAGGAGGAAGAUGUCCCGUCCGGCGGCAUCCCGGCCCGGAACGCGCGUGGCGAGCGUCUGCUGCUGUUCCUGGGCAUCAUCGACAUACUCCAGUCGUAUCGUCUCCGGAAGAAGCUCGAGCACACUUGGAAGAGCAUGAUACACGAUGGCGACACUGUAUCGGUCCACAGACCCAGCUUCUACGCUCAGAGAUUCUUAGAUUUCAUGGCUAAAACCGUUUUCAAGAAGAUACCUUCGUUGGACCUGCCGGAAAUCAAGGGCAACCACAGGAAGUUCCGAACCCUCGUCACUAGUUACAUAGCCCUGAAACACUCUCCUUCGAAGCGGAAGAGCAUCGCGAAGCCGUCGCGGCCACAAGAGGAAAUCGAUACGCCAGGUGGCGCGAGUUCGAGCGGUGUCAGCAUCAAAGCAGUUUCGUUGUCUGACGUCACAGCUCAUACUACUCCUACUUCAGCGACGUCUCCCGUUUCGACGGCAGCGAAAGCGACCGACUCUUCUAUCAAGAUGACCUCAGCCGCGAACGAGUCGGAAAUCGCUUUCCCGGCCGUUUUAAAAGGCUCACAAAAACAAAGGGUGCCCCCCCCUGUCCCGCCCCGGGGCUCGCCCAAAGCGAAACGCGGCGCCAGCUCCCAUUUGAGCUUGGACACUAAAGCUGCGGUUCCGACGUCGUGCUGUUCCACGCCUCCACCGCCGUUUGAGGAGAACGCCCCAUUGAGGAGCAGUCGCACCAACUCUUCGUCGACAACGUCAUCGAGCGCUUCGGGGAGGAGACGCGGUGCAUCCAGCGCCGCUAGCGUAAUGACCACUUCAUCAGCCUCGUCUUUAGCGUUGACGCCGGCGGCUUUAAGCAGCGCUCGGAGUAACGAAGCUAGCGUAUGUUGGACUCCGCCAGCGUCAGUGGAGGGCUCGACCCCGACUUGGACGGAAGGAACGCCCAGUUUCACCGAGUCGAGUAGCAGUGAACAAGGCUACCCAAUAACUCCAGCACGGUCUGAAGGAGGUCGUUCACCCCGUCCCCCGCCGCCCCCCGCACGUUCCGCCCCUCCAUCAUCAAUCAACUGCCUCACAAGCGAAGUGGUCGAAAUAACGCAUUUAGCAUCGGAAACGUCGCGGAUAACGGUAUCUUCGUACGAGAUACAGCAGCAUUAUGAAAACGAAGAAAAUGAUUAUUAACUUUAAUGAAAUGUUGAUCCGGAGGGCUGUUCGUUGCAAAUAACUAGAGUCCGAGAAAUAGCGUGAAAUUAACAUGCUUAUUACCAGUUUGCUUAGUGCGUGUUUUUUAACGUUUUCGAUAGCGUAAAAGUUAACUAAAGUAUGCAGUCGGAACAGCGCCCCUAGCGACAAACGUAGGCAAACGUUUCAACUCCAUACAAAUUUGAGUUAACUUUUACGCUAUCGAGAACGUUAAUAACCUCAAACUGAGCAAACACAACAAGUCGUCGAUAACACGAUGACAUUUAGGCUACAUAAAUAAUAAUAAAACGCAUCCAACGCUUAAUUAAUAUAAUCAAAGAUUCAAGCUAAAUUUUUUUUUGUGAAUCUUCGGGAUUGGCUGUCAUUAUGACACGUAUUUCAUGGUUGAAGUUUAUGCUUAGUCAGUUUCCGAUCCGUAUCCUUUGCCUGAUAAAUAAAGUAACGAAGCCAUAUUAAAAUUACUCUGCUACCAUUAAUAGUUGUUGCAACGGACAGCCAUUUAUAAAAGUUAUUCGUCAACUGCUAAUAACUUUUUCGAAAACGCUUUUCAUAGCUGAUCUAUAAGCUUAUAAAUGAUAACGUUAUAAAUAGCUUUUCUACUGUUCACUUACCUACGUGUAUUCUGUGAAGUAGCAAUAUUAAAUUAUAAAGUCGUAUGUAGGUGCUUUGAUAUUUAUUGAUAAUAAUAGUCGAAGAUUUGACAAAAUUCGAACUGAUGAGAAAUUUCUACACCGAUUUAAAGUUGCCAUAGUUGAAAAAAAUCUAAAAUAUUAUUUCCUUUGCUACUACGUGUACCAAUUAAAAAAAAAACAGUAUUUUUUAUAAGAUUAAAAUUUCCCACUUUAAAUUUGAAUGAGAAAAAAAAAUUUAUUGGUGUAAAGAUACUGUUAUAUUUUAGAAAAUAUUGUUUUUGAUAAAAAUUAAGCUCCCCUAAUUAAAAUAAAAAAGCUCAAUUCACCGAAAAUUUAAUACUUAAGAUGACCUGCCUAUUUAUAUAUUUGUUUUAAUAGACUGAUUAAAUUUAGAUCUGAUUUACAUGUACUUUUUUUUUAAUUAAGUUAUGUUGAUUAAUUUCGCCAUUAUUAUUGUUAAUGAUCAUUAUUUAAGGAGUUAGUUUGGUUCUUAUCAUUUUUAAUGAAAACAAAUCAUAGGUAAUAUUAAGAAUAAUAACCAAUUCCUGGUUUACGUAAUUUGGGUCGUCCUUAGGUUUGGGUUUUAAACCUUCGACGCUCACGUAAAAAGUUUACGUACGUAUUUUGGUUUUAUUCACAAUCGUCAGAUGAAAUAGUGUUUGGUUUAAGCAAUAUUUUUGUAACAUUACAAUAGAGCCGUUUGAAGUUUGAAAUUUUGGAAAAAGUAUCAUAUUAAAAAGAAGCUUCUUCGGCUAUUUAAAUGUGGUAAAUAUUAAUUGCAAUUCAAUUAAAAACAUUGAAUUGUUGAUGCUAAUACAAAAAAAACGCACUUUAAUUACAAAGAUAAAUGUGGCGUUUUAAGCCAACUGUCGCUUUAAGCAAAUAACAUUUCACCCCUCGAUCAUAUUCUUAAUGUCUGGGCGUAUACUGGGUGUUAGAAGACCGCUUCCGAAAAAGAAAAUUUUGUACUUACAAAGUUGUAAAUUUUGGGGAGUGCGAAAAUUUUAUAAUAAAUUUUGACUCGGAAAGUGUCUGGCAAGAGGAAGAGAGGCCGCCCCAGAACAACUUGGCGUCGCUCGGUGGAGCAGGAGCUAGGGGUCUUGGGCAUGACGUGGGAGGAGCUAGAACAGACUGCCCAAGACCGAUGUGAAUGGAAAAAUUUGAUUCGAGCCGUACACCCCAGCAGAGGGUAAUAGGAAGGAAUGAUGAUGAUGAUGAUGCGGUAUCAGUGCCAGUGCGCAUGUAAAAGAAACGCCGCGCCCGGGCGUUCGUUGACCCGAGCAUCAGCUGUUUUUGAUUUUGUGUUUCAUUGCUGGUUUUGUUUUUUUAGUAAACGUAAUGUAUUUUUUAUGAGACUAUCGUUUCAUUUAGAUGUACUAACGCGAUGGAGAGUAAAUAAUGCUAAUAUACCAUUUAAAAUUAUUAUUUUUUUGUAAAUCUGUAUCGAUUUUUCUUCCCUCCCAUCAUGAAAGGUGUCAUUAGUACUAUUGUCUGUCUUCGUUUUCGGAAGCCGUCUACUAACACCCAGUAUGUACAUACGUGGUUUCAACGGCGGCUCUACAUAGUAUUCAGUCAAAAUGUGAGCCAUUAUCGAUUUAUUCAAUGAUCAUUUUUAUUUAAAGGGUUUUGUAAACUAAUUGUGUGUUUUUAUAUGUUUAUUUAUUUAUUAAAGCUAUUUUUACGGUUUAAUUUACCAUUUUACAUUUUCAAUAAAUAUUAUUUUUUACGUAUCGAAUUACGAUUCUCGUAGUCGCUAACGACUUAAGUUAUUGUUCGUCGAUAUUUGAAUAUCAAACGAAAUGCAAAGUUAAACCGUAAAAUAAGUUUUAAUUUUUAAAUAACCACGAAUCGCGUAAACCGAAGAAAAUAUGACUAGAUUGUUUUUUUUUUUAGUUUUAAAUGAAUUCACAACUUAGGAAAAUUUUAUAUUUUCAUCGGUUUUCGCGAAUCUUAAACGCUUUUAAAACUUAUUUUACGAUUUAAUUUCGUCUCUCAAACUAUUUUCAAUUUAUAUAAAAAAUUGCACACAAACAAUAAGUGUUUGAAUAAUUCAAACCCCGUUUCGGGCACAGUCUUUUUUUCCCAUAAAAUAUACGAGUAUUUAUUGACAUUAAUAAUAACAUAAAUAAUGUAAUGAAAACAAUAGAAGCGAUAUUAAAUCGUAAAAAUGAUUUUAAUUAAAUUUAAAGAAUUGUUUUAGCGAGAGUAGAGGGCGCCCGUCAUUCAUUGUAUUCGGGCGAAAAAAUAAAACCUAAAUUAAUGAAAUUGAAUGACUUUAGAUUUGAAAUGUUUUUUUUAGCUAAAUAAAUAAACUUUGUUCACGCGUAGGGUUUCAGUUGAAAUUUUAAUUUUUUAAAUUAAAUCUCUCUAUCGUUUAAAUGACAAUUUUUAUCUGAAUUAUACUUUGAAUAAAAUAUUUUACAAAUUUAGACUAGGUCACAAUUGAUGAUAUAGUAUUCUUUUUUUACGCGAACCAUAAAUUUAAUUUGUUUCAAAUAUCGUAAUAACAAUAAAAUAAAUAGAAAAUUUUAUACUAUUCUGAGAUAAUCUCGAUGGGCCCCCACCUGGCAACCCUGGGGCCCUGUACCAUCGACAGUCACCUUCUUCUUGCUGCGUCGUUCGUAAUAUAGUUAAAAAGAGUCUAUUAUUGAUUCUGUAACGAACUUACGUGGCUUCAUUUUUUUUUUUAAUAAGGCAUUGUUCAGAAGUUACCCAUAAAAUUGCUUUGCAAAAAUUUCAAAAUGUUAACUUAUUUGGUGGCUCAAUUUCGCGCGAAACAGAUGUGUUCGCGUAUUCUUAGUAUUAAGCGCUCAUUUACAUUUAGACUUAAGGAUGAAAUAUGAUAUUCGUCACAUCGAUUAUUUCAAAUAAUGACUUAAUAACUAUCUGGCAGCCCUAUUCUGUGUGGUAAGCGCGAGUUUUUUAACGUUCUCGAUAGCGUAAAAGUUAACUUAAAUAUGUAUGCAGUUAGAACAGCGCCCCUAGCGGCAAACAUAGACAAACGUUCCAACUCCAUACAAAUUUGAGUUAACUUUUACGCUAUCGAGAACGUUAAAAAAGUCCCACUAAGCACACUGUUUUAUGCAAGUCGUUUUUUUUUUUUUUUUUUUUAUCGCGUACUCGAGUUAAAGAUUUCGCGGGCCAUCUGACGUUGGAGAAUGCAGAAAGCAAAACACAAAUUUGGAAAUGUGGAAUUUUCAGUUUUAUUGCACAACAUCGCUCCUACCCUUGAAACUGGUACACGCGAUUACUUCGCGGCGGAUAUAGGCAGGCAGUUUGUAACUACCCGCACGGGCUCACAAUAAAUCCUAACAGCAGGAAAUUACGCUCAGAGAACGCUGCUGUCCAUUCCCCGAUAUAAACUUUAGUCGCCUUUUACGACAUUCACCAGCAAAAUCCGAGGAUUUACUAAGGAUUAACUAGUUACCAAUUGCGUGUGCCCAUCAAAUUAUUGAAACAUUAUGACCAUGCAGUCGGCACAAAGAUUUUGAAGUAUCUGACUCUUGUUUUACUCACUCAAAAUUUAGUUUUCCGUGUCAGUUUUCGCUACAUCUAAUUAAAACGUUUCAUAGCGAUGAAUAGGGCUUACGGUCAAUAAGCUGUAUGUGUCCUUGUUGGCACUGUUACCGCUCUGUAAAUUAUUGAAAUAAAAAAAAAUCAUUCAUUGAUGUUAGAUUAAAUAAAUAACACUAAGUUUUACACAGUUAAACUUUGUAUUUAUUAAUAUUUAAUAUAGAUGAAAAUACAAUGCGGUGGAUGUCACGGAGUAGAGAGACAAGUAUUGCCAUAGAUUAUAUAUCAUCUCAUAUUCAUAUUCAGUUUUAUGGCGCCAAAUUUAAAAUUAUUUCAACAAUUGAUUUAAAAGAAAUCUUGCCAAAACAAAUCUUACAUUUUCUCCCGAUUCGUUUACAAAUUUUAACCUGUUUUUCCUUGCAUCGAAAAUUAGCAAUGAAAUCAUGUUGAACCGAAUCUAAUUGUAUCCACAAAACUUGAGUACUUAUUUAAAAAAAUGCUAGACUUUAAAAAAAAAACGUUAUUUAAUGUGUAAUGUAUAAUAAAUAUUUUGUAUCGUCGAAGUGUGUAUCUAUCUAUGUGUAUUUUCGCUUGCGUGCUAAAUAAAUGUGGCAAAGGAUUUUUUAAUUAAAUAUUAUCGAAUGUAUUUAUUUGUGGAUUGUGUCUAUGGAUUUUCUUUUGUUUGUUAUUAAGCGCGUAUCAUUAAAUUCUAAUUUAUAAUUUUCAAUUCAAUUUACAACUACAUAUUUGGAUGUCAAUAUACUUUGUAUUUAACAUCGGCAUUUGGCAUUCUUUGAUCUCAAUUUAUACACAUAUAUGUAUUACUUUUGUCACAUUUAAUGAAAUAAAAAGAAUGUUCUGAUUAUGCAUACUUAUAUCGUGAGGAUUAUUAUAUUAAAUGCGUAUUCAAAAAUAA